UCCAAACUGGAGGCGCAUUUACAACCGGUAAAUCCAACGAUGAAUCACUUGGCAGUAACGUUGCUUCUUUUGUGCGGUGUCUACGGUGCUUCGGCCGGGCGUCGUUACAUUGCCAUUCCUGUAGACGGAAUCGACGUGAUCGAGCUGAGUCCGAUGGCGCCAGCUACUUCGAGGAUUGCCCGGCAAACCGAGGCUUACGUUCCCAUAGCAGUUCCUAGUAUUUCGCAGGACGAGCUGAAGAGUUCACGCGCGGAAAGGUCCAAUGGCCACAUCCUCGAUUACGUGGAUUUCGGCGGACAAACAGGCACCAAUGGAGCUUUUAGUUGGUACGCCGACUAUCCGGCACAUCAGUGAUGAUCCAGAGAAUCGAGAAGACAUCGAGUUG